AGAUACUGCGUCUGUGCAAACUUCCCCUUCAACGCCACUACACUUGUAACGGACAUGGCCAGUCUUGGACAUUUGGAAGACUUGAUUCAAUGGGUAACUGAAAAUGGAGGCGCACUCCAUCCCAGUGUGGAGCUUAGCACUGAUGGCAUCAACGGCACUUGUCUAGUCGUUCGACGUGAUGCUGAAGAAUUAUCCCCGGGCACAUGCCUGGUUAAGUGUCCACAUGCUCUUUCUAUGUCAUAUCUAAAUGCAACGAACUCCGCUCAUUUCAGAAGUCAUAGCUUGUCAUUUCCCGAGAAGUUUCUGAAAUCUUUCUCACCAAAAAUCAUCACUACCUUCUUCCUCUGCCAGCAGUACUUGCUGCAUGAGAAAUCUUUUUGGUGGCCUUAUAUCCGCACAAUCCCUCAACCUUCUGAUAGGGAUGCUCUCGGCACACCCAUGUGGUUUUCUGAUGAAGAUAAGGUCUGGCUGCAGGGAACAAAUAUGGAGCAAGGCUAUCUUGAGCGGGAGGUGAUUUGGCGCCAAGAGUACGAUGAAGUCAUCCGUGAACUUCAGUCGGAGGGCUGGGACACAUCCGGUUAUACAUGGGAGCUUGCAAAAUGGGCCGCCACUAUCCUGAGCUCGAGAUCCUUUAUUUCAGCACUACUUGCUGAAGCCAUCUCCGACCAGGACCGCAAUGACUACGCACGCAAUUUUGGCAGCGAAAUGCCGUCCUUUCCAGUUCUCUUCCCAUUUGCUGAUGCGUUAAAUCAUCGGCCUUUGACCAAGAUUGAGUGGCAGACGGGCCCGACUACACUGGGUUUGAUCACGGACGAUGAAGUCCUACCAGGCGAGCAGGUCUAUAACAAUUAUGGGGCCAAGAGUAACGAAGAGCUGUUGCUUGGUUACGGGUUUUGUCUACCAUCCAAUCCUUUUGAUCAAUUCAGUCUCAAAUUACGCCUGCCUAAUUUUGGUCCAAUAUCAAUCAUCAGGCCUCUUCUCGAAGCCUCAGAGCAUACAUCUGUGACUAAAGAUAUGAUUGAGGGUAUAUACUUUGUCCGUGGCACGAAUCAUUUCACCAAAGGUUAUGAGAGCUCCGUGCCCGAAUACUCGGCAUUUCCGCCAGAGCUCCGUGCAAUCUUCUCUAUUCUGGUUGCGAACCCAGAUGAGUUGAAUAGAAUGCAGGCCAACGCCGCAAAAAAUCGUUUUCCAACUGACGGCAUAAGCGGACGGAUGCAACUGGCUGUGAUGAAUCAGCUUUUGAUGGCACUGCGGCGAAAAUAUGCUGCCAUUGUGCAGCACGAUGCGAGGCUGCCCCAGAAACCCGCAAAUGCAUGCCAAGAAAAGGCGAAGGUCUAUCGCGAUGGUCAAAUCCAGAUUCUGCGGGAGACGAUUGGCCGCUUGGAAAGAAGACUCAAGCUAGCCACGAGAUCGAACGAAGGAGGUCCGGGAUCAGAGGAGCUGUUGACCCUGGAUAAUGCGCUUCAGUUUUUGAGGCAUGCGUGGCGCGAUGCGUACGACGAUCUCAAAAGGCUGCUCAAGGACACGUUUGGAACGGCCAAUAUUAGAGAACUCAGAGAAGCGGGGUGGGAGGAAGGAGUCUGGGCCAUUUGGCUGUGUGCGGUGAGGCAUCAAAUUGAGAAGCGCCACAUCAACUCGGUUGAUGGAGAGCAAACCUCACCGUAUUCUUCCAAACUUACUGGGUGGCUCCGUGGUCUGGACGAGGCCGGUGCCCUUGAACUAAGUAAUGCAGGGCAUGAUCCUUCUGAGGAGGAAGCGGUAAUGGAAUUGCUUGGUCUCGUGCAGUCGAAUGAACAGCCAUGGCUUCAGGGAUCUUUAAAUGCCGAUCUAGUGCGGUGGGCAUCCCGCGUUGUGGGGGAUGCAGGAUUCAAGGUCCUUUUUGAUGAGCGGGACGAGGAAGUCGGCAUACAACAUGUCCUCUAUGUGGGAUCAUGAGGUUCGUUUCCCGUUAUACGAGUUUCAAAGCAUUAGCCAAUAUGAGCGCCAUUUCCCUAAAUCAACGGAUCG